CCUCCUCCCCCUAACAUCACAAGUCCCAGGCUCCCAGCAGCCCCCACCCCACUUAACUGCAACAAAUACCAAAACAUAACUAAACAAAAACCACCCCCACAUUGGCUUCCCUUUCGUUUCUUUUCCCAAUGCUUGCAUAAACAGGCUUUCUGCAACCACUAAAAAGCCUUUCUUUUUCCUCUAAAAAUCCAAUCUUUACCAAAAUGAGAACGAAACUCGGGUUCAAGAUUGCAGCUUUUUUGUUUCUUGGGUUCUCUUCACUCCUCUUUUCUGCGGACUCCCAACCGACCUCCAAUGACGCUGAGGUGAUGUUGGCUCUCAAGAAGAGCCUCAACCCACCUGAAACUCUUGGUUGGUCUGACCCAGAUCCUUGCAAAUGGCCUCAUGUGGGUUGCUCAGAUGACAAACGGGUUAUCCGGAUCCAGAUAGGAAACCGGAACUUGAAAGGUACACUUCCUCAAAGUCUCUCAAAUCUCACUGAACUUGAAAGGCUAGAACUGCAUUGGAACAACAUUUCUGGACCUUUGCCAAGCUUAAGAGGGCUGAGUUCACUCCAGUUUCUAAUGCUUUCCAACAAUCAGUUUACUUCAAUUCCUGCAGAUUUUUUUGCUGGGAUGACUUCAUUGAUAUCUUGUGAGGUUGAUAGGAACCCUUUUUCUGCUUGGGAAAUUCCUGAAAGUAUUAAAAAUUCUUCAGCAUUGCAGAAUUUCUCAGCAAAUAGUGCAAAUAUAACAGGGAAAAUUCCGGGGUUUUUAGGUCCUGAUGCUUUUCCUAGCUUGUCACUGUUGCAUUUGGCUCUUAAUGACUUGAGUGGUGAACUCCCCUCGAGUUUCUCAGGUUGGCAGCUUGAGUCUCUGUGGCUAAAUGGGCAGAAUCUUACAGGAACAAUUGAUGUGAUUCAGAAUGUGACAUUUUUGAAGGAGGUUUGGUUGCAUUCCAAUGGAUUUUCAGGUCCAUUGCCUGAAUUUUUGGGUUUGAAGGGUUUGGAGACCUUGAGUAUUAGGGAUAAUGCCUUUACCGGUCCUGUUCCAGCAAGUUUGGUGAAUCUUGAGUCUUUAAAAGUUGUCAAUUUGACUAAUAAUUUAUUGCAAGGGCCAAUGCCAAAGUUCAAUGAUUCGGUUUCUGUGGACAUGACUAAGAAUACUAAUAGCUUCUGUUUGCCAACUCCUGCUGAUUGUGAUCCUAGAGUGAAUACAUUGCUUUCAGUUGCGAAGUCAAUGGAUUAUCCAAGGAAGUUCGCGGAGAAUUGGAAAGGGAAUGACCCAUGUGCAGACUGGUUCGGGGUUACUUGCAACAAUGGGAACAUUACCAUUGUCAAUUUUGAGAAUAUGGGCCUAAGUGGUACUAUUUCUCCUGCGUUUUCUUCUCUGAAGUCAUUGCAAAGAUUGGUUCUUGCUAACAACAAUCUCACCGGUACCAUCCCGGAGGAGCUGACUACUUUGUCUGCACUUAGUGAACUAGAUGUAUCAAACAAUAAUCUUCAUGGUAAAGUUCCUGCAUUUAGGAGUAACUUGGAUGUCAAAACAAAAGGGAAUCCUGAUAUUGGGAAUGAUAAGAGUAAUGCCACUUCUCCUGGCACGUCUAGCCCGGGCACAUCUGGUUCACCAAGUUCGGGAAGUGAUGGUAGUUUGCUUCAUCACAAGAAAUCCAGGAACUGGAUCGGAAUUGUGGUGUUUUCUGUAAUUGGAGGUAUCUUUGUCCUUUGUUUGAUCGGAAUAGCAGCUUUUUGUUUGUACAGAAGCAAACAACAGCGGUUCAACAGAGUUCAAAGCCCAAAUGCCAUGGUAAUUCAUCAUCAUCAUUCAGGAUCUGAUAAUGAAAGUGUGAAGAUCACAGUUGCAGGAUCAAGUGUAAGUGUUGGAGCAAUCAGCGACGUUCAUACUGUUCAUACUAGUGAAACUAGCGACAUUCAAAUGGUUGAGGCAGGAAACAUGCAGAUUUCCAUUCAAAUACUGAAGAAUGUGACGAAUAAUUUUAGCGAAGAGAAUAUAUUGGGCCAAGGAGGCUUUGGGACUGUUUACAAAGGUGCACUGCAUGAUGGAACAGAGAUUGCUGUCAAGAGAAUGGAGUCUGGUGUGCUUGCUGGGAAAGGGUUGGAUGAGUUUAAGUCUGAGAUUGCUGUUUUGACUAAGGUUCGUCAUCGACAUCUUGUUGCUCUUAUUGGAUACUGUCUUGAUGGAAAUGAGAAACUCCUUGUUUAUGAAUACAUGCCUCAAGGUACAUUAAGUAGGCAUCUUUUCAACUGGGCAGAUGAAGGAUUGAAACCACUAGGAUGGACUAAGAGGUUAAUUAUCGCUCUGGAUGUUGCUCGAGGAGUUGAGUACCUACAUGGUCUAGCCCAUCAAAGCUUCAUACACAGGGACCUAAAGCCUUCCAAUAUUCUACUUGGAGAUGAUAUGAGGGCCAAAGUUGGUGAUUUUGGACUUGUGCGUCUGGCUCCAGAAGGAAAGGGCUCUAUUGAAACAAGAAUUGCUGGAACAUUUGGAUAUCUGGCACCCGAAUAUGCAGUGACUGGGAGAGUGACCACUAAAGUCGAUGUCUUCAGUUUCGGUGUGAUCUUAAUGGAACUGAUCACAGGAAGAAAGGCUCUUGAUGAAAGCCAACCUGAGGAAAGUGUGCACCUUGUUACAUGGUUCCGAAGAGCACAGCUUAACAAGGACAUGUUUCGAAAAGCAAUUGACCCAUCCAUUGACCUUGAUGAGGAAACACUAGCCAGCAUCAGCACUGUUGCAGAGCUUGCAGGCCACUGCUGUGCAAGGGAACCAUAUCAAAGGCCUGAAAUGGGGCAUGCUGUCAAUGUAUUAUCUUCUCUAGUAGAGCUUUGGAGACCAGCUGCUCAGAAUACAGAGGACAUAUAUGGCAUUGACCUUGAAAUGUCUCUGCCACAAGCCGUAAAGAAGUGGCAAGCAGAAGGCAGAAGCCAUAUGGACUCGUCUUCUUCUUCCUACCAUCCAAGCUUGGACAACACUCAGACUAGCAUACCUACCCGACCAUAUGGAUUUGCCGAAUCAUUUACAUCUGCUGAUGGUAGGUGAUUGAUCACAAUUUCCAACAAUAGUACCCAGUGGUGAUUGAUUUCUCCUGUUCAUUCCAUUUUCCUCUUCCUCACUGUAAGUUUAUGUAACCCUCAGCUUGUUGAUCCAUUUUUUACUAUUUUUGGAAGUCACAACAACCUCUUCAGUUGAUGUAGUCUGGACAUCUUAGAUUGUUGUUGGAGUUUUGGCAAUGUGAUUGAAAAG